CCUGCGGCGGGUCCGGGCCCAUGAGGCGACGACGGAGGCGGGACGGCUUUUACCCAGCGCCGGACUUCCGAGACAGGGAAGCUGAGGACAUGGCAGGAGUGUUUGACAUAGACCUGGACCAGCCAGAGGACGCGGGCUCUGAGGAUGAGCUGGAGGAGGGGGGUCAGUUAAAUGAAAGCAUGGACCAUGGGGGAGUUGGACCAUAUGAACUUGGCAUGGAACAUUGUGAGAAAUUUGAAAUUUCGGAAACUAGUGUGAACAGAGGGCCAGAAAAAAUCAGACCAGAAUGUUUUGAGCUACUUCGGGUACUUGGUAAAGGGGGCUAUGGAAAGGUUUUUCAAGUACGAAAAGUAACAGGAGCAAAUACUGGGAAAAUAUUUGCCAUGAAGGUGCUUAAAAAGGCAAUGAUAGUAAGAAAUGCUAAAGAUACAGCUCAUACAAAAGCAGAACGGAAUAUUCUGGAGGAAGUAAAGCAUCCCUUCAUUGUGGAUUUAAUUUAUGCCUUUCAGACUGGUGGAAAACUCUACCUCAUCCUUGAGUAUCUCAGCGGGGGAGAAUUAUUUAUGCAGUUAGAAAGAGAGGGAAUAUUUAUGGAAGACACAGCCUGCUUUUACUUGGCAGAAAUCUCCAUGGCUUUGGGGCAUUUACAUCAAAAGGGGAUCAUCUACAGAGACCUGAAGCCGGAGAAUAUCAUGCUUAAUCACCAAGGUCAUGUGAAACUGACAGACUUUGGACUAUGCAAAGAAUCUAUUCAUGAUGGAACAGUCACACACACAUUUUGUGGAACAAUAGAAUACAUGGCCCCUGAAAUCUUGAUGAGAAGUGGCCACAAUCGUGCUGUGGAUUGGUGGAGUUUGGGAGCAUUAAUGUAUGACAUGCUGACUGGAGCACCCCCGUUCACUGGGGAGAAUAGAAAGAAAACAAUUGACAAAAUCCUCAAAUGUAAACUCAAUUUGCCUCCCUACCUCACACAAGAAGCCAGAGAUCUGCUUAAAAAGCUGCUGAAAAGAAAUGCUGCUUCUCGGCUUGGAGCUGGUCCUGGGGAUGCUGGAGAAGUUCAAGCUCAUCCAUUCUUCAGGCAUAUUAACUGGGAAGAACUGCUAGCUCGGAAGGUGGAGCCCCCCUUUAAACCUCUGUUGCAAUCUGAAGAGGAUGUGAGUCAGUUUGAUUCAAAGUUUACACGUCAGACACCUGUUGACAGCCCAGAUGACUCAACUCUCAGUGAAAGUGCCAACCAGGUCUUUCUGGGUUUUACAUAUGUGGCUCCAUCUGUACUUGAAAGUGUGAAAGAAAAAUUUUCCUUUGAACCAAAAAUCCGAUCACCUCGAAGAUUUAUUGGCAGCCCACGAACACCUGUCAGCCCAGUCAAAUUUUCUCCUGGGGAUUUCUGGGGAAGAGGUGCUUCAGCCAGCACGGCAAAUCCUCAGACACCUGUGGAAUAUCCAAUGGAAACAAGUGGAGUAGAGCAGAUGGAUGUGACGAUGAGUGGGGAAGCUUCAGCACCACUUCCAAUACGACAGCCGAACUCCGGGCCAUACAAAAAACAAGCUUUUCCCAUGAUCUCCAAACGACCAGAGCACCUACGUAUGAAUCUAUGACAGAGCAAAGAUUUUAAUGAAUUUAAGGCAAAAAAGGUGGGGAAGGGAUGUGUGAGCAUCCUGUAAGGUGAAACAAGAAGACUCAAAAUGACAGUCUUGAAGAGUCAGUGUCAUUACAUUUGAACACUUUGGACAGAGGAAAAAUAAACAUGGAUUUUAAAAAAUCAAUCAAUGGUGCAAAAAAAAAAACACUUAAGCAAAAUAGUAUUGUGGAACUCUUAGGCACAUCAAUUAAUUGAUUCCUAGCGACAUCUUCUCAACCUUAUCAAGGAUUUUCAUGUUGAUGGCUCGAACUGACAGUAUUAAGGGUAGGAUGUUGCUUCUGAAUCACUGUUGAGUUCUGAUUGUGUCGAAGAAGGGUUAUCCUUUCAUUAGGCAAAGUAUGAAAUUGCCUGUAAUACUUGCAACUAAGGACAAAUUAGCAUGCAAGCUUGUUCAAACUUUUUCCAGCAACAUGGAAUCAAAGACAAAAGAAACUUAACAAUUGAUGUUUUACGUGCAAACAACCUGAAUCUUUUUUUUAUAUAAAUAUAUAUUUUUCAAAUAGAUUUUUGAUUCAGCUCAUUAUGGAAAACAUCCCAACUGUAAAAUGCAAAAUUAUUGGUUGGUAUGAAGAAAGCCAGACAACUUCUGUUUCUUCUCUUGGUGAAAUAAUAAAAAUGCAAAUGAAUCAUUGUUAACCACAGCUGUGGCUCGUUUGAGGGAUUGGGGUGGACUUGGGGUUUAUUUUCAGUAACCCAGCUGCAAUACCUGUCUGUAAUACUAGAAAAAAAAUCUAUUUAAUCAUUUCUACUUGCAGUACUGCUAUGUGCUAAGCUUAACUGGAAGCUUUGGAAUGGGCAUAAAUUGUAUGUCCUACAUUUCAUCCUUGUCCUGGGCCUGCAUUGCACUGGAAAAAUAAAUCGCCACCUGUUCUUAUACCAGUAUUUGGUUCAAGAUGCCAAAUGUUUUCAGCCCAUGGCUGAAGAAGGAUGGAAAAGAGUCAGGAUAAAAUGCAUACUGAGGGCAGUAACGUGAGGAAGAGAGGGAGAUCCAGGGGAAGAGGGUGUUGUCAUGUUCCACUCUCUGUGUUAAAUCUCUUUACAGCAAAUUGGUAAGAUUUUUAAGUUUUACUUUUAACUGUUUUUGCUGUCUACCUUCCUUACAUUUUUUUUCCUCAACAGUUUUAAAAGGGAAAAAAAAAAGUAUUUUUCUUUCUCCUAUACUGGGGCUACGUUUUUUGAUUGUAAAAAUAUUUGAUGGCCUUUUGAUGAAUGUCUUCCACAGUGAAUAAGAAAACUUAGUGGCUUAAUUUAGGAAACAUGUUAACAAGACACUAUGUUUUUGAAAUUGUAACAAAAUCGACAUAAGUGAUAUACAGGUACAAAGAAUAAAAAUAAAGGUAACUUUACCUUUCUUAAAUACUUCCUGCCUUAAAGAGAGCAUUUCCAUGACUAGCUGGUGAAAGGGUUUAAUAUCUGCAGAGCUUUAUAAAAAUACAUUUCAGUGCAUACUGGUAUAUAAUAGAUGAUCAUGCAGUUGCAGUUGAGUCUUACCACCUCUUUUUGUUUUUUAUAAUGUCUUCAGUCUGAGUGUGCAAAGUCAGUUUGUAAUAUUUUGCAACCCUACAAUUUUUUUAAAUAGAUGCUGCUUGCUGUGUUCUUCAAACCUUUUUGAGCCAUAGGAUCCAAGCCAUAAGAUUCUUUAUGCAUGUUGAAUUCAGUCAGAAAAGAGUAAAGCUUUGCUUAUUUAAAUGGCAAUUCGAGUGAGAUAAGAUGAAAUCCUAUGACGUUAGGCAAAAUAGAACCAUGAAGAAUGAUUGGAAAUACACCUUUUCAAUUGUGGCAAUAAAUGAAAGAAUUGGUAACAGUUCAUCUGUGGACAGAAAGCCUUUUUUUUUUUAAUCACUUCCUCUAGACUCCCUCCUCCCUCAUUGCAGCAACCUACUGAGAACUUUAUAACUGUAGCUAGUAAAUUAGAAGCUACAGUAAUGAAAAGGGCAGAAAUUGUACUUAGAGUGCAGAUCUUCAUUCUCUGACAAUUUAUAAUGUCUGAAAAAACAGAACCCAAAAGCUAUGGUGAUAGGUACAGGCUUUAUUUCAGACUGUAAAUGGCUUGUGCUACUCAUACUUGGUUGCAAAUGUGUUUACUAACUGUAGUGUUGAUUGCCUAACCAAAUUCCAGAGAAAUUUGUACACCGAAAUAGUCCUCCUCAGUCCUAUUUACUAGUAAUAUCUGCACUGUGAUUGGCUGGCUCUAACCGCCCCAUAAACUAUUUUCAUAAUUAGUACUACCAGCAGUAGUGGCACACACUGCAACUUUUCUGCAUAAAAAGUAUUAAUUGCAUACCUACCAUCCAUACAAAUAGUUUUUCAAACUUAACAUUGAGUGAAAUUAAUUUCCUAUGCUGUGGCAAGUUUACGGAGAAAUUGUGUUUCAUAAAUGGAUAUCCCUACUAUGACUGUGAAAACAUGUCAAGUGCCACUUUAGUGUCACAGACAGAAAGCACACACCUAUGCAAUAUGGCUUACCCUAUAUUUAUUUGUAAAAAUCCAAGCAUAGUUUAAAAUAUAUGAUGUCAAUAUUACUAGUCUUAAGUUUCUUAAGAGGAUUCUUUAUGAUUAUUCCAGGUAAGUAUAUAAAAGAGAUUAAGUGCUUUUCUUUCAUCACUUAUUUUCUUUAAAAUCAGCUAUUACAGGAUAUUUUUUUACUUUAUACAUGUUGUUUUUUAAUUAAAAUAUAAUCACUGAGAAUUGAAGUUUACUAAUUUUGAUUUUAUAAGGUUUGUAGCAUUACAGAAUAAACUGGGAUUUAUAAACCAGCUGUGAUUAACAAUGUAAAGAAUUACUGAACUUGAACCAGAUUUUUAGGAAAAUUGUGUUAUUUCUUUUUCCCCUUUAUGGUCUCACCUAAUUUGAAUCCUUCAAGAAGAAUUUUUCCAUACUAUUUUUGAGAUAGAAGAUAAUUGGGGGGUGGGGGGUAAGAAUGCAUGUAUGAUACUCCAUAAAUUCAACAUUCUUUAAUAAAUGAUUAUAAACAAGAUGCAUCUUCAAGAGUAUUAAUAUAUUGAGCCUUGGAUUUUGUGUUUAAUACAGGACCUAACUAUUUUGGUUACUCAGUCAUAUGGUUCCUAGCUUACAAGGGUUAGAUCUUAAGAUUAUUCCCAUGAGAAAUGUUGAAUUUAUGAAGAGUGGAUUUUUGAGGUUUUGAAAAUGGUUAAUUUCUCAAAUAAAAACAUCAGUGUCCAAACAUCUACCCUUUUUCAUAGGAGUAGACACAGCAAGCUGGACAAAACAAUCAUAAAAGUACCUGUCACACCAUGACCUGUGGUCUGUUGCUGAUCGAUAAAAAGCUUUUCUUGUGUGAUUCUUAAUUUAUCACUACAGCACAAGUAUUAUCUCAGUGGAUUAUCUGAAGUAACAUCUGAAAGAUGGGUUCAUCUGUGUUUGCUCUUUAAGCUAUUAUUUUUUUUUCCUAUCCCAAGUUGGCUUUGCAUCUAUCAGAGUAAAUAAAUUCUUCAGCUGCCUUAUUAGGAGUGCUAUGAGGGUAACACAUUUUUCUGCUUUUCAUCUUGUAUUUAGUUUACUGUACUAAGUAUUUUGAUUUCGGAUUGAAUGAAUGUAAAUAGAAAUUAAAUGGAAAUUUGAAUGAACAUAAAAUAGAAGUGAUUUUUUUUUAUUAUUCUAAGAUAGGAAGAAAUAACAAUCAGGUGCACAAAUGGUUUCAAUAAUUUUUUUGCGCUAACAUACCAGGUAUGUUCAGGUUCUCAUAUUUAAUAAACUGCUUAUAUAUGUGAGGACUGACAGUUGUAAAACUGUUUCUGCUGAGCAAUUUAAGCUACUUAAAUAUAUAACAAGUUUUAGAACUAUUAUAUAUUAGAUGUUACACACUUGUAAUUUCUAAGUUCUGUCCAGUAGUUGAAUUGGUUGCUUAAAAAAAACUCAUGUGAAAAAUAACUUCACAUAGAUACACUAGGAGGACUUUCUUGUGGUAACAAUCAACAGUUUGUUCAGCCACACUUGUCAACUACACUUGGUUACUGGAUGUGUAUGUACUACAUAAUGUAGUGCAUAAAUCUGUUUUUAACUAAUGUCUCAAUAUAUCUAGUGUAAGAUGGGUGUUUAGUAUAAGCCACUUACUUGAGGUUAAUUCUGUCACACUUGGAUGAUUUCUGUAUAGAAGUUCUCAAACUGACUUUUUUAUAAAACAUGAUUGUGGCUUUUAGUGCUGAUAAAACAGUCUUUCAGAGGGUGUGAUCUGAAUUCACAGAAUAAAUGGGUUUUUGAAUCCCUGUUCCCAUUUUUGAGGUGAAAUAGAGAAAUGCUUCCAGUUCAUCAGUGUUGUUGGUGGAUGGCAUAGCUCUCCUAUUACAUUCCCCUCCCUUUAAAUUCAUAUGUGAACUGCUUUCUUGUUCAUUAAAAACAAAAACC